AUGACGAAUCUGUCGUACGAGGGUGCUCUAUAUGAAGCUGCGCCAGGCGUAACAUUAGAUGAUUUGAAUAUUGUUGAAAACUGGAUAAAUAGGCCAGCAAGCGAAUGGGCAGUACAAAAAAUUGGUGUACUCCAGUCGAAGAUAGAACAAUACACGUAUAAGAUAUAUCAUUCUAAUCGGUAUGGAAAGCACGCACUAUCAAAGCUUAUACCGAUCCAGACUAUCAUUCAAUAUGCCAACGAAAGUUUCGGGUAUAAUGGAUGGUCUGUAGAAGUCCUCGAGGUACGGGCGGUGAACCUAGAUGUAAAGGACCAGAAUAGUGAUAGUAUUGAUAAAGAGCUGUACACUGUAACCACAGAAGCAAGGAUUAAGGUUACAUUAAAGGAUGGCACAAAUACAUCCUCAGACGGGUUCGGGAAAGCAACCACCUCAAGCAAAGGUGAAAGUCACGGCAGAUCCAAGAAAGAUGCUAUUCACUGUGCUCUGAAGAAAUGCUUUCUUCAAUUUGAAGGUAUAGUGCUUGAACAUGAGAGAAAGGUAGACACCAAUUAUUAUGUAGAUGGGCUUUACGGGUCUAAAAUGGAUAGAAAAUGA